UUAAAGCGUUCAACUGCAAACCAAUUAAUAAUGAGUGGAGAGGCUGUUCGCAAAAUUAUUGUUCUAUGGAAACCCUAGCUAGAAGAAGAUGAUGGCAGCUGUAAGGUUUCCACUAAACCCAAUGAGUUGUUCCAUGAAAGAUUUUUAUAGGGUUUGAUGAACCCCUUAAUUUCUAUAUCUCGCUUAAGAAGUUUCAAAUCUGGAUGCAAAAGUAUCCAAAAAGUGAUUUGUGAAAAGAUGUAUUUGGAAGCGAUGAUAUCACGUGUUUUUUGUGAUAUUUAUUGAUUCACUCCUAUAUUGGUAAUAUUUGCGGAAUGAUCAUUUGUUCAUGAGUCCAUCAAACUAAACACUCAUAUGCUUAAACAUGACUUGAAUUGAUAAACAAACAGUAAAAUAUGAUUAGCUUGGCUUAUACUUUGUUUGAACGAGUUUAAACGAGUCAAAAGUUGAGCUGAGCUCAAGGUGUGUGGUUCGUUUAGCCGCCCCUCCCAUAUUCACAUGUAUCCGAAGGUUGAAAUAUUGAAUACAUGGCCACGCAGUAAAAGGAAACAACCCAGAGUGCAUGGGUACCUGGGCGGUUGAGCCCAAAAUAACACAAGCUGUCAGGACUCCAAUCACCACCUUCCUGAAAAGAUCAUCACUACCGUUCCAUCGAAUCCACCCUAAUAGAAGUCCCCGUUUUUACAAUUCCAGCCACAAAAACCAACAUGUCCUCUUACCCAUCAAAUCCUUUGUUUCUGUCCACAGAUCUGGUCAUCUGUCUUUUCAUUCUUCUGCCCAUCUUUCGUUUGCCUUCCACCAGUUCGACAUUUUGUCGCAAAGAGAACAAAGCUCUGAAAAUAGGGGUUUUUUUGAUGCGCUGGUUCUUGUUAAAUUUGCCGCCAUGAAACCCGACAUUGUGACUGCGACAAUAGUGCAUCCCUUAGUCCUCAAGGUUGGUGUUCUUGCUCACUUACCCACUUCCACCUCUCUCCUUAUGAUCUACGCAAGAGCUGGAGAUUUUGAUGGCUCAGUUGCAUUAUUUAGGGAAAUUAUUUAUAAAGAUGUGGUGCUUUGGAAUGCCAUGAUAACCGCGUGCAUUGAGAACAGGUUUUUUGGUGCUGCAAUUGAUUUCUUUGUGGAGAUGAUGAAGGGAGGAAGUGGGUUUGAUUCCGGAACUCUUGUCAUUGCCAUUUCAGGCUUGACCCAUACAAAAGAACUGAAACAAGGUCGGGUUUUGCAUGGUUUGAGUGUGAAGGCAGGGAUGCUCUCGGAUUCUGUUUUGUGUAAUGCUCUAGUGUUCAUGUAUGCACAAUGCAGCGACUUGAGCUCUUCAGAGUCUAUAUUCGAAGAAAUGCAUUUUAGAGAUCUUGUUUCUUGGAAUUCAGUGAUGACUGGUUGCCUUCAUAAUAACAAUCCUGAGAAGUGUUUGCACUACUUGAAAAGGAUGAACUUGUGUGGAAAACAAGCUGAUGGUGUGAGUCUCUCAUGUGCAAUUGCAGCAUCUACUAGUUUGGGUGAGUUGGUUAUCGGUCAAGUUAUCCACGGAUGGGGAAUUAAAUUUGGUUACGAGAAGAGCUUCCAUAUUUCAGUUGCCAAUUCCCUGAUUUCACUAUAUUCUCAAUGUGGACAAAUUGAGGCUGCAGAGGCUGUUUUUAGAGGAAUUUUUCAGAAGGAUGUUAUUUCAUGGAAUUCAAUGAUUGAUGGGUUUGCCUCAAAUGGAAUGAUUUUGGAAGCAUUUGAUCUUCUUCGUGAAAUGCAGUUAAAAGGGUCAGUCCAACCCGAUACAGUCACUGUAGUUGCCAUAAUUCCUCUUUGUGCUGAAUUCACAUUAUUGAGAGAAGGAAGAUGUGUUCAUGGAUUCACAGUUCGUAGAAGCACGGGGUUGUUGGAUUUGUCAGUGGUGAACAGUCUAAUGAAUUUGUACAUGAAAUGCAAUAACCUUAAGGCAGCUGAGCAAUUGUUCAAUGCAAUGGCAUAUAUGGAUUUGGUCUCAUGGAAUACAAUGAUAUCUGGGUACUCCCUAAAUGGACACUCUAGAGAAGCUCAAUUUCUUUUCAAAGAACUGCUUCUCCUGUCUUCAUAUUGCAGCUUGUCAACUCUGCUGGCCAUUCUUCCUUCUUGCCAUUCCCAUUCAUCUCUCCAGUUUGGUAAAUCAAUCCACUGUUGGCAACUAAAAUUGACAUUUUCAAGCAAUAAUCUUGCAAUCAAUUCCUUGAUUCACAUGUAUGUUAAUUGCGGAGACUUGAAAUCUUCUGUGUUGUUGUUCACGGCUAUUUCUGCCACGGCUGAUAUUUCUUGUUGGAACACCAUAAUUGCAGGCUGCUUGCGGAAUGGCCAUUUCUGGAAAGCCUUAGAGAAUUUCAACUUAAUGAGGAGGGAAUCCCAUGUCAGUCACGAUUCCAUCACCAUUUUUAAUGUUAUAUCUGCAAGUGGAAAUCUUGGGUUGGUGUUGGAAGGAAAAUUACUUCACGGGCUUUCUUUUAAGACUUUGGAAGGUAUGGACAUCCGCGUCCAAAAUGCACUAAUUGCCAUGUAUGGUAGAUUUGGGGAUAUCGAAAGCGCAAAGUUGGUGUUUAACUUUUUCUCCAACCGCAAUUUAUGUUCUUGGAAUUGCAUGAUCUCUGCUUUGUCCCAGAAUAAGGAUGGGAAAACAGCUUUAGAAUGUUUUUCUACCCUUAGUUUUGAACCUAAUGAAAUAACCAUUUCCAGUGUCCUUUCAGCCUGUACCCAACUAGGGCUGAUGAGGCACGGGAAGCAGAUUCACGCUUAUGUUUUCAGGUUCGGAUUUGAAAGGAAUUCUUUCAUUUCUGCUGCUCUUGUGGACAUGUACAGCAAUUGUGGAAGUUUAGACACGGCGACAGAAAUAUUUCAAAAUUUACCUGAAAAAUCAGUUGCAGCUUGGAAUUCCAUGAUAUCUGCGUUCGGGUUCCAUAGCAACAGCCAAAAAGCAAUUCAAGUUUUCCAUGAAAUGAUCGAGUCUGGAACUAGUCCUUCUAAGAGCACGUUCAUAAGCCUUUUAUCGACUUGUAGCCAUUUGGGGCUUGUUGAUGAAGGUCAGUGGUAUUACAACCAUAUGUUGGAUGAAUUUGGAGUAGAACCAGAAACUGAGCAUCAUGUUUGCAUUGUUGACAUGCUUGGUCGAUCUGGACGGCUCAAUGAGGCUUAUGAGUUUAUCGAGCGGAUGGGAACGAAACCUGAGCCGGGGGUGUGGGGUGCCCUGUUAAGUGCUUGCAACUACCAUGGGGAUCUGGAGAUGGGUAGAGAAGUUGCAGAAACUCUCUUUAGUUUGGAGCCUGAGAAUGCUGGAUACUACGUAUCCAUGUUUAAUAUGUAUGUUUCUGCUGGAAGAUGGAGUGAUGCUGCAGAAUUGAGAAGAGUGAUUCAGGAGAAAGGGCUAAAGAAACCGGUGGGUUACAGUCUUAUCGAUGUGGGUAUUGGUUGAUAAGUGUUGAGGAUGUCAGAAAACUAUUAAUCAUUUGUCAAACAAUACAUUCGUAAAGGUAUUGCAAGUUUUUCUUUUUUCAUCCUUUUCUUUUCUGUGAGUUAAUUCAAAGAGCAAAAAAAAACCAGAUAUGGAUUAUUAA